AUGUUCCUGUUGUUGGUGUUGGCCGCCGUCCUGGCGGUGUUGGUCUGGAAGAGGCUGACGCCUGCAGAAGAGGAGCCGUUCAACCCGCGCCGGCUGGAGGACGCGUGGUGGGGGCCCGGAGAACCCAAGCAGGUGGACGAGUCCGUCCGGCCAUUCACCAUCGCCGUCCCAGACAGCGUGAUUGAAGACUUGCACGAAAAACUAAAAACCACGCCAAAGUUGACGCCACCAUUGGAGGGUGUCGGAUUCGAGUAUGGCUUCAACUCCAACUACAUGCAGGAGGUGGUGGAGUUCUGGCGGACCAAGUACGACUGGAGGGAGCGCGAGAAGUUCCUGAACCAGUUCCCGCAGUUCAAGACGACGGUGAACGGUCUGGAGCUGCACUUCAUCCACGUCAAGCCGGCCGAGGUCCCGCAGGGCACAGUGGUGGUCCCGCUGCUGCUGAUGCACGGAUGGCCUGGCUCCGUGAGGGAGCUCUAUUCGUUCCUAUCCCUGCUGACCACCCCCAGGAAGGGGGAGGGCUUCGCCUUCGAAGUGGUGGCCCCCUCUCUGCCUGGGUUCGGCUUCUCACAGGGCGCGGCAAAGCCAGGUCUCGGUACCGUACAGAUGGCCGCCAUCAUGAAGAGGCUGAUGGAGAGACUCGGCCACAACAAGUUCUACAUCCUGGGUGGAAACUGGGGAGCCAUCAUAGGAACCGUUUUGGCGCAGUACUUUCCGACCUCCGUACUGGCAUUACAUGUAAACAUGUGCCCCGCUGAAGGCCUGAUGCCCAUGAUCAAAGGCGCGAUCGGUAGUUUCUGGCCGACUCUGUUCGUGGAACGCCGCUACGCACACAAAGCGUUUAUCUACUGGACCAACAUCCUCACCACGGUUCUGCAGGAGAUGGGCUACUUGCACCUUCAAGCUUCCAAACCAGACACCAUAGGGAUUGUACUGCAGACUACACCUGUUGGCCUGGCCGCCUACAUCCUGGAGAAAUUCUCCACCUGGACAGACCCAUCCUGGAAGACUCUACCCGAUGGAGGUCUGACGCAGAAAUACGACCUGACGGACCUGCUGGAUAACGUCAUGAUCUACUGGGUCACCAACUCAAUUAACACCGCCGUAAGAUUGUACUCUGAAUUCUAUGGGAAAGCGGCAAGAGUCGGCCGAAAGAGAGUCAUCGAGAAGUACCCGCCGACAGCCGUGGCACAGUUCGAGAACGACCUCUUCUUCACCGCCGAGUCGAUGGCUCAUGAUGCCCACCCCAACCUGGUACGCUACAACGUCUUCAAGGGUGGACUUUUCGCGGCAUUCGUGGAACCCAAAGUGCUGGCUGAUGACGUGUGGGACUUCAUCAAGUCAAGUUGGGUUAUUACAGGAUGA